AUGGACAAGACCAUAUACAUCCCAGGCGCCGAGCCGAAGGUCGACCUCCAGUACAGCGAUGUCUGGCUUCCAGGCCUCUACUCUCGCCGAGUUUUGUGCUUCGAGUUGCCAGAAGGCUCCAGCCAUGAGAAAGCCAUAGACGUUGUUGAGCGCGGACUCAAGGCGUUGGUGCUAGGAACACCAGAACUCGCGGCCGACGCUGUAGUGUUGCAGAAUGCGGCUCCUCACGACCCCAAACAACCUUGGCGGGCAAUGGUGAAAGGCAAAGGCGUCGAAUUGGUGAUCAAAGACAUGAGAAAGACCACCCAAUCUUACAAGGAGCUGGAAAAAGCCGGGUUUCCACUAUCAUUUUUCAAGGAUUCAGCCUUUAUGCCCGUCAACGCGGCGGUCAUGCCGGAACCCCAGUCGGAAUCAGUGUACCAGCUCAGCAUGAUCGAAGGAGGCGUUCUCCUAAGCGUCUGUCUAUACCACCGCCUGACCGACGGUAAUGGCAUGAACAGCAUCACCCGCGCCCUAGGAGACGAAUGCAAAAAAGCCUUCUCAAUCACCGGCGACCUCCCACCCCGCAAGCUCGACACCGACCGCAGCACGAUGGCCUCCCUCAACGGCGGCAAAACCGACCUCAAAGACCACCCCGCCCACAGCAUCGUCGACCAAAUCUUCAACCCCAACACCAAACACGACGAAGCACCCCCGGAGGCCAACGGCGAAGCCCCGAAACCCCCACCGCGCUUCGUCCCAGCCUACUUCCGCCUCACCAACGACAAAGCCCAAGCCCUCAAAGACUACUGCAGCCGGGACAUGCCCGUCUCCACGCACGACGCCAUCUCCGCCCUCCUCUGGCGCACGCUAAUCAAAACCCGCACCGCGACCGGCGAGCUCGACCCCUCGACCCUCUCGACCUUCACGGUCCCCCACAACGCCCGCCGCCACAUCGGCCUCCCGAAAGACUGGAUCGGCAACUGCGUCUACUUCAUCCAAGCGCAAGCCUCGCCCUCCGCGGAGAUUUUGAAAGACGACUCCGCCCCCGCCCUCGCGGCCAAAAUCCGCUCCGCCCUCAACACCGUCAACCGCGAGUACAUGACGGGCAUCUCGACGAUCCGACGCAAGGACCCGUACUCUCUCCACUGGUGGGCCAUCACGGAGGCCAACUCGCCCGAGAUCCUCGCCAUAACCUCCUUCUAUCACUCGGAAUUGCUAGGUUAUGAUUUCGGUCCCGCGCUGGGGAACGUGAAGCAUUUCACGUCGACGGAUAUCGGGGCUUUCGGGGCGGCGUUUCAGAGGGCGCAUUUUGUCGGGCCCAGGUUUAUGGAUGGGAGGGGGUGUGAUGUGCAUGUGGGGCUGUUGGAGGAGGAGGUGGAGGGGUUUUAUAAGGAUGAGACGUGGUCGAAGUACUUUACGUUGUUGGAGACGGGGGAGAAGGGCAAAUGA